AUGUCUGGUGCUUCAUCUGUGGCCGAGGAGGCUGCAUCCUCCCACAUAAUCAAAGCUAAUCCCUUUGGAGCCUCUGUUGAUCCACACUUGGUGAAAAAUUCCGUUUACACGAGUGCUGCUACCGUUAUCAACCAGACUAUUUAUUCUUUGGCCUCGCUGAUUUUCUCCUAUGAAACCGCGGCUGCCGGCAACUUGGUCGAUGCUCAUUUGCUGUUGUGGGCCGAUCACUUCAAGCGCCAAAAUGCUCUUGGAACGGUUCCUCUUUUCCACCGUUUGGAGCCUAGAUCGGGUGCAGCCAACGCCAUUUUCGGUUACACUUCUGCCGCCGGUGUUUCUGCUGCUGUUUCGCCCGUGACUGCCGUUUUGGGUGCAAACACUUUGCCAUACAUGCAACCUGUGCUUGCUCAGGGUGGAAAAUUGCCAUUGAGUUUGAACGUGUGCGCUGUAGAUGUUGAUGUUGAGAGUGGUGCCGUUUUCCUGAACUAUGCAGCUCCUCUUGCUGUCGCUAGAGCCUUGGGUGUCCCAGUGGUGUCUCCUACCAGCUACAACGCUGCCGAGAUCCAGAACACCACCGUUCUCAACCAUUUCUUGGCUGCUUGGACUGGCUCUCCUUCCGUCAACUUGUACGACGGUCCAGACUUCGCCCGUACUUUCCGUAAGUUCGACUCCGUGUUGGCUGUUGAGGAUGUCGGAAGAUUGUACCAACAACUCCUUGCCUCUGCCCCUGCUGUGCCUGCCAGCUUGGAAGAUGCCGUUUUGAGUGCCCUUGAAUUGUUUAACAAUGUUGCAGGCACUUCUCUUGCUCCUUUCGAGUAUGAGGGCCACUCUUCACCUGAAACUGUGUAUGUUGUCCAUGGUGCCAAUGAGGCCGCUCAAGUGUCCCAUGUUGUCACCAAAGCUUCUCUGGGCUCGAAGGUUGGUGUUGUCAAGGUUCGUGUACCUUUCCCUUUUGCUAAGCAACAGUUCUUGGCCGCGCUCCCAAGCUCUGCCCGUAACGUGGUGGUUUUGGCUCCUGAAAACUCGGCUUCUUCAUUGAAGGCUGACGUUAGUGCUGCCUUGUUCUUGGGUGGUCGCUUUUCUGCUGUUCAGAUACACGAAUACCGUUACCCAGUUUCUUUCGUCUGGACCCCAAUAACCGUGUUGAAGGUUUUGGGCGAGUUCCACGCCGGAUUAGAUGAGCUGCUUGUUCUUUCCCAGUCUAAGCCUGUCAUUGACACCGUCACUGCCAACACUUCUCCUUCUGGCUCGUUUCUUAUUUGGACUCGUGACAACAGUGACCUUGUCCAAACUGCCGGAAAGUUGGCUCUUUCCUUGUCUCUCGAUGACUCAAAAGACGUCAGCAUCCGUAACAAAUUCGACACUUCUGUUGUCGGUGGUGUCUUCCAGUCUCAGAUUGUUUCUCUGGUCCGUGGUUCUGCCACUACUGCCGCUGUGGACUCCGCUGAUAUUGUAAUCAUCGAAAGUGCCUCUAUUUUGGACCACUUCGACGUGUUAGCUACUGUCAAGCCCGGCGCUUCUGUCUUGUUGGUAAACCAUAAAAAAAUUGCCAACUCUGUUGAGGCAGACGUCGUGGAGAAGUUGCCAGAGGAGUUCAAGCGUACUUUGAGCAAGAACCAGCUUCAAUUCUCAGUGAUCGACUUCUCUAUUGUUGAGGACUUGGACGCCGUCAGUGACUCCACCAAGGGUUUCUCGGCCGACUUUUUGGCUCAGCUUGCCUUCUGGAAGGCAGCCUUGCCUGAAUUGGGAGGUUAUGUCGUGAACAAGUUGUUGCAAGCUAACGGAAAUGGCUUUGAGCUCUUGGCUGCCGUUUUGGACAAGUUUGUUGCUACUGUUGACGAGAAAAAUGGUGUGAAGGCUGUCGAGGUCUUGCCUGAAUGGGCUGAGAUUUCCGAUGCCAUGGAAGUCGAUGAGGAAGAAAAGAAGGAGCAAAGCUCCGAUGAGAUGGAACAGGACAAGCCUGAAGCUGAGGCCGCCGCUGAAGCCGAAGCUGAAGAAGUCAAGCCUUUGCCUUUCUUCCCAACUGAAACUUCUUUCUUCCCCAACCCUCGUGUGCAACCACCUUCUGCCGAGGAUACUAAACAUGCCGGUGUGGCUGACUUGGCCACUAAGCUCACUUUCCCUGAGGCCUUUGGUGUUUCUCGUGACUUGCGUCCUGACUUGCCUGUCAAGAACUUUGUCGUUAAAGUGCAAGAGAACAAGCGUCUCACGCCUUCUGAGUACUCUAGAAACAUUUUCCACAUUGAAUUUGACAUCACUGGUACUGGCUUGAAGUAUGAGAUCGGUGAGGCUUUAGGUAUUCAUGGACGUAACAACAGCGCUGCUGUUGAAGCGUUCUUGAUUAGCUACGGCGUAGAUGGCGACUCCCUUGUUGAAGUCUCCGACAAAGAAGACCCAAGCUUGUGGGAAAUUAGAUCUGCUCGUCAAGCUUUGCUCGAGAACGUGGACUUUUUGGGAAAACCACCAAAGCGUUUCUACGAGUCUUUGGCACCAUUUGCCUCUGAUGAGAAGGAGAAGGCUGCAUUGGAAAAAUUAGCCUCUGGCGAAGGAGCUGAGGAGUUGAAGAAGAGACAGGACGUCGAUUUCUGUUCGUAUGUCGAUAUCUUGGAUGAGUUCAAGUCUGCGCGUCCAUCGUUCGACGAAUUGGUGAAGAUUAUCGCACCUUUGAAGCGUAGAGAGUACUCCAUCGCUUCUUCUCAAAAGGUUCAUCCUAACGCUGUUCACUUGUUGAUUGUCGUUGUUGACUGGUUCGACUCUCGUGGCCGUCCUCGUUUCGGACACUGUUCUAAGUACUUGUCUGAUUUGAAGAUUGGUGACGAGUUGGUUGUCAGCGUGAAGCCAUCCGUGAUGAAGCUUCCUAAGUUGCCUGAACAACCCAUUGUCAUGUCUGGCUUGGGUACCGGUUUGGCUCCAUUCAAGGCUUUUAUCGAAGAAAAGGUCUGGCAACAAGCCCAAGGCCAUACUGUUGGUGAGAUCUACUUGUACAUGGGUUCCAGACACAAGAAGGAGGAGUAUCUUUACGGAGAGUUGUGGGAGGCUUAUAAGGAGGCCGGAAUUUUGACCCAUAUCGGUGCUGCCUUCUCCAGAGACCAGCCUCACAAGAUCUACAUUCAAGAUAAGAUCCGGAGCAGCAUCGAGGACUUGACCGAUGCCAUCUGUAGCAAGAAUGGUUCGUUCUACUUGUGUGGUCCAACCUGGCCUGUUCCAGAUAUCACUGCUUGUCUCGAAGAUAUUGUCAGAAACGGCGCCAAGAAGGAAGGUAAGGAAAUUGCCGACGUGGCCAAGGUUGUUGAGGAUAUGAAGGAGGAAGGACGUUACGUCUUGGAAGUUUAUUAG